GCGCAGGCGCGCGUGGGGUGGGCGGUGGCGGCGGCGCUGGGGCUGCUCGCCACGGGCGGCCCCGUCGCCAUGGGGCUCCCGGGCUACCGCUUCGACCGCCUGCACGGCGCCGCCUACACGGCGCUGGCCCCCGUGGCGUGGGCCGCGAGCCUCGGCUGGGCGGUGCUGGCCACGGGCUGCGGGCGCGGAGGACGACUGGGCGCCCUGCUGGAGUGGCGCGGGUUCGCUGUGCUCAGCCGACUGACGUACGCCUUGUACAUCGUGCAGUUUCCGGUCUUCUUCUACAAUCUGGGACGCGCUCGCACACCCGAGUACUUCACACUCGGCACACUGGUUAACGUUGGCGAGUUUGUGGCAGUGUUUCUGGCGGCGCUAGCUCUGACAGCCUUCGUGGACAUGCCUGCACAGCGCCUGCGCGCCCUCUGGCUGCGACCCAGAAGGAAACAAUGCUAAACGACUGACCUCAACGCUUCAGCACGACAAUCAUCAUGAAAUAGCUCCUCUCCCUGGAGAUCUUCGAGGGAGCAACGCAGCUGGACGACCGAACGCCCUCUCCGCUGGAAUGGGGGUCUUUGCAAGGCUAAGACAGAAGCUACAUAUUUUUCGUUUAAACUUCUCAAUGAAAAUAAUAAAGAACUUUCAAAACUUUCCAUUAUUUGGAUAUUUGGGGAGACGGAAACGUGAUAUUAGCAGAGUGAAAGUUCUCUUGAAUAGGAGUCAUCUGUGGAACUUCAGUGGUAGGAAUCUUUCGCAUACAUCACAAACAGAAAGUAGUUUUCGUGAUUCCCGCAUUGUCACUGUUUGUGAAUCCCGUGUGUCUCUCUGAACACUGUCGGAGGCGUUGUAUGUCAUGCUACGUUUGAAGAGGAACUCUAUUUGAAAAAAUCAUGUUGAUUCAAGUGUACUCAUAAUUAUUCUUUUUCAAAAUACCAACAUUUUUUUAUUGCAUUCAUUUCUCGAUCGACUUGGUUCAAAGCAUUAGAAAUGCCAAUCAUGAGCAUGCAUUAGAAAUUCUAAGGUUUCGAAAAUAUUUCAACAGUCAUUGAGUCCCACCAUACAAAGCAUUUUGAACAAUUGCGUUUCUGGUCAGAGCUUUCAAACUUCCCGAAACGCUUCGGG